CGCCCGCCCGUCCGCUCUCGGAUCUCCCCGCCCGCAGCCGAAGCGCCAAGGGACUUUGGAGCACAGAACAUAUUGGCCAAAGAACUUUGAUCGAUCCAUUGGCAUGUUAAGAAGAAACACUGAAGCUACUUGCUGUAGCUAUUAUCAGAUGUGCACAUUCCCAGUUUUAUGAGCUUAUGAGGAGUUACUGAAGUUACGCGCGUAAUCUGCCUCCAACCUUACUGGUUUUGGGCCUGGUAUAUAUAUUUUCAAAAAUGGGAGUUUACCUUAGUACCCCCAAAACUGAGAAACUAUCUGAAGAUGGUGAGAAUGAUCAACUUAAAUUUGGACUUUCAUCUAUGCAAGGGUGGCGUGCAAGUAUGGAAGAUGCUCAUUCAGCUUUGCUAGAUCUUGACAAGGACACAUCAUUCUUCGGUGUUUUCGAUGGACAUGGAGGAAAAGUGGUUGCCAAAUUCUGCUCAAAAUAUCUACACAGAGAAGUUCUCAAAAGUGAAGGCUAUGCAGCUGGUGACCUGGGCACUGCUGUCCAUAGAGCUUUCUUCAGAAUGGAUGAGAUGAUGCGGGGUCAAAGAGGCUGGCGGGAACUACAGGCACUUGGAGAUAAGAUGAACCAGUUUACUGGCAUGAUAGAAGGAUUGAUCUGGUCUCCAAGAGGCAGCGAUUCAAAUGUUCAACAUGAUGAUUGGGCUUUUGAGGAGGGACCUCACUCGGAUUUUAGCGGGCCAACCUGUGGGUGCACAGCCUGUGUUGCAAUACUAAGAAAUAGUAAACUUGUGGUGGCAAAUGCCGGAGAUUCCCGCUGUGUUAUCUCAAGGAACGGCCAGGCAUACAAUUUAUCAAGAGACCACAAACCAGAGCUUGAAGCGGAGAGAGAACGAAUAAUAAAAGCAGGGGGUUACAUCCAAAUGGGACGAGUAAAUGGAACAAUAAACUUGUCAAGAGCAAUUGGAGAUAUGGAAUUCAAACAGAAUAAAUUCUUGUCUCCUGAUAAGCAAAUGUUGACAGCAAACCCAGACAUCAACACUGUGGAGCUUUGUGAGGAUGACGACUUUCUUGUUUUAGCAUGUGAUGGCAUUUGGGACUGCAUGUCUAGCCAACAGCUGGUCGAUUUCAUCCACGAGCACAUAAACACAGAGAGCAGCCUUUCUGCAGUGUGUGAAAAGGUGCUCGAUAGAUGCCUGGCUCCAUCAACAUUAGGUGGAGAAGGAUGCGACAACAUGACAAUGAUCCUAGUGCAGUUCAAGAAGCCAAUUUACCAUGGCAAUGAUGGCAGUGCUGGUGAACAGUCAGCGGACAAGAAUAUCAAUGCUGAUGAACAAUCAGCUACUGAGGAUAGGAAUGCCGGUGCUAGAGGGCAGUCACCUGGUGACAUGGAAGGGUUGUGAGCCAACUGAUCAACUCCAUGCGCGAACGGGGAGAAGAACCUGUGCUGUCGUGGUCUGGUAAACAUAAAGAACGAUUUCUGAAUCCCAGUGUGAUACACUGAUGCUGCAGUGGGUUAAACCAUGCAUGCAUGGCGAAAAAUUCCCAUGUAAAUAUCGCCUGUGUGUUGAAUUGUUGAUACAGCCAGGGAAUAACAGUACACAUAAGCGGCUAGUCCAUGCCGUUUUUCGUGUUUUUUUUCUCUCUCUGGCCAAUCGAUCUGCGCUUCCCUUUUCUUUUGGUUGUGAUGAUUUGGUGUUGUCGGACGUAACCUGACUGUACCUUUGAGUGGAGAUGAAUAUAUUUAGUUCCCUUGCCAAAUUUA